AUGCCUCCUAGAGCUCUUCCCGGCCGCCACUUGACCGAGCCACAAAACCUGCCUCGGCACAGACUUCCUCCACAGCCCGAAUCUCCCCUCUUGAAUGAUGGCGCAUACAAGAGUGAGUCGGAGUCUGGGGGCGAGUCUGCGUACGAGUUCGGGCACGAGUCCGAGGAAGAGAGCAAGGUGGCCAGCGAUAAUCCUCCGACCAACCCCCCCGCCUUCUCAGGGGCCCACUGGGACAGACCAGCGGGCCGGUUCCUGAAGGCGGUGGGGAGGGUAUGCCUCGUCGUCAUGGGCCUCUUCCAGACGCUCUUUUGGUGGUGCGCCGUCGGCUCCAUGCUCCUAUUCUGUUUCGCCGCCUGGAUGACUUUUGUCGGCGGCGAUUUGAUGGGCCCGACCCCCCGCAACCGCCCUGCCUCCCUACCAGUGGGUGCGGAAGCAUACUGCUCGUGUCCCCGCUUCCCACCUACUUAUUUCCAACGCAUUCGUUUCAUGACCUACGAGGGUGACUACUACAUGGGGCCCUGCAACUGCGACUUUGGGCGCCACAGGAGGUAG